AUGGCGGAUGUCUCAAGCGAUGAACGGAAAGUAAAGUUAACUAAAAAUGGAAAAGUUGUGAAAAGACGCUUACGAAAUCCAGAAGAAUGGCACAAACAAAAACAGAAGCGUUUAAGAAUCGCUGGAUUGGAAUAUAUAAAUGCGAAUGGCAAGAUAGUUCCCCCAAAGCAACCUGGUCCUGAUUGCAAUUGCCGCCGAAAAUGUUUUCAAAAAGUUCCUGAAGAUGUUAGACUUAAAACGUUUCAAGGUUUUUAUUCCAUGAAAACUCACGACGAACAAAAUGCAUAUCUUUUUGGACUUAUGAGGCAAGUUGACGUUAAACGGAAAAGAGUAAAAUCAAGCAGUAGACGAACAUGCACAUUUGAAUAUUUCGUAAGAGUUAAAGGACGUGAAACUCAAGUAUGCCAGACAGCAUUUAAAAAUAUACAUGCAAUAACAGAAAGAAAGGUCAGAGUACUUUGCAAAAAAAUGGAUGAUGGAGUAAUGUUUCCAAGUGACAAUCGUGGUAAAAACAGCCAUAGGCGUUCUGGUGAAGUACGACUACCGUCUGCAGUUAUAGAUCAGAUUAAAAAUCACAUUUAUUCCAUAGUUCAUACUCACAGAUUGAAAGAUUUUAUCAGACUUGACAAAAUUGCUGGUCUAGAAAUUAAUAUAUCAAAAAUGUGGAAAGACUAUAUAAAGACUUAUGAUCCAGACAACAUAUCAGCCACAAUGCCUAAAUCAAAAAGAAAUGUUGAUAUAGUGUUAUCGAGUGAACCAUGUCAACCUACACAGCAUCCACCCCCACAAGAGACCUUUGCCCCCAUUGCUUAUCCUGGUAGUGGUCACCUCGUUAAUAUUGCAGAAAAUUAUUUUGAAAAUCAAUAUCAAACUGCUUUAGCAACUACUACAAAUUCAACAAACUUUUAUCCGACACAAAAUGGUCCACAAGGAAUGGGAAUACUUUUACAAUCAACCGUAUCCAGAGCAACUCAACCUACUGCCUUCAUUUUGCUUCAAACUAAGCCUGAGCCGCAACAAGAUCCACUUGCUAUUACUAAUGCACCUUAUAAUCACAAUAUAAGUGAAGUACAAGAGAAUGAAAAAAGUUCAAAGAAAUCAAAAAAAGAAAGAAAAAAAGGCCCUCUUGUCAAACAAUGGAGGUAUACAAAUAUAUUUCAUGAUGAAAUUAAUGGAGCAGCAUUAGUAGCUAUUAAAACAAGACUGGGAAUGUACUACGCAGAAAGUGAUGCUGCAAGAAAAAAGGCCAAGCAGGCUAGACCUCAAGAGUCAGUUCAAACUCAAACACAAAAUGAACAACCUCAAAUUAGAACUGAAUUAGCACCCAUAAGACCACAACAUCAACCACUAAGGUCACAUACUGUUACAAUAUAUACA